GCUGCACAUCAGAUCAUGCAGAGGAGUUCUGGCAGCUCUGGUCUUAGGCUGAGUCUUGGAGGCACACCAGCUGGAGAGACAAUCCGGGCUGGCUUGGCAAGCAAAGCAACUGAGGAGUUUGCAGAAUUUUAUCAGGGAGCAAGCACAAGUGCAGCAGCAGUGGCUUCAGACACUGAGAGCCAGCCCACGACAUCCGAUGAGACGGUGGCGGUGGGUGGCACCGUGGUGCUGAAGUGCAAGGUGGAGGAUCCCGACGACUCCUCACUGCAAUGGUCCAACCCUGCCCAGCAGACCCUUUACUUUGGGGAGAAACGAGCGCUCCGGGAUAACAGGAUCCAGCUGGUGAAGUCCACACCCAACGAGCUGACCAUCAGCAUCAGCAACGUGGUGCUGGCGGACGAGGGCGAGUACACCUGCUCCAUCUUCACCAUGCCUGUGCGGACAGCCAAGGCCCUCGUCACAGUGCUAGGAGUCCCCCAGAACCCUCAGAUCUUUGGCUACGAGCUGCCCAUCCGAGAGACAGAGAUGGCCCGGCUGACAUGCAGAUCCUCCGGCAGCAAGCCAGCUGCUCAGCUCCGCUGGAAGAAAGGCAACAAGGAGCUGCAGGGUGAGGACCUGGAGGUGAUGGAAGAUGCCAACGGGAAAACGUUCACCGUCACCAGCCGCGUGGCGUUCCCCGUCACAAAAGAGGACAAUGAAGUGGAGGUCACCUGCACAGUGGAUCACGAAUCCCUGCAGAAUUCGGAAAGAUCCACCAGCCAGAAACUGCAGGUCUAUUUUAAGCCAACAGCAACCAUCGAGCCAGACCCCCCCUACCCCCGGGAGGGCGAGGAGCUGCGGCUGCAGUGUGAAGUCCAGGGCAAUCCAAUCCCCCAGGAGUUCCUGUGGAUGAAGGAAGGUAGCGACAUGCUCCUGCAGCCAAACACCAACCGCAUCCUCACUCUCCCCUUCCUCAACAAGAGCGACAGUGGCACCUACAUCUGCAGGGCCACCAACACCAUGGGCAGCGUCGUUGUGAAGUACAACCUGGACAUCAAUGACGCCAGCCCGAUGUCUUCCUCCUCUGGCACGUACCACGCUGUCAUCGGCGGGGUGGUCGCCGUCAUUGUCUUUCUGCUGCUCAGCCUGCUCAUUGUUCUGGCACACUACCUAAUCAGGCACAAAGGUACCUACCUGACACAUGAGGCCAAGGGAUCAGACGAUGCCCCAGAUGCCGACACUGCCAUCAUCAAUGCGGAGGGAGGCCAGGCCAGCGGUGAUGACAAAAAGGAAUAUUUCAUCUAGGGGCGCAGGGUGGAGAGAAGAGAAAUGGAACCAACCAACCUAGAUGGAAAUGGACACCGGACCACAAACCCAACUCAACCCAACAGAUUUUCUCUCGUGCCCUGGAUGGACGGACGAACAGAGGGACGGCGGGACAGAGACCAGAGAGUGACCGGCUUGAUUCAUGAUGCUUCUUCUCGAACUUGUAUAAAACGUUAUUACUAAAAACAUUGAAAGCCCCACCCCCGUUCGCUUGCUUGUACCUUCCUAGCCGCGACCAACACUCGCACUAAACACACAGACAAGCCAGUGAGUGACACUUUCCUUCUUUCCUUUGGCCCCUUUGCUUUGGUUCUGUGGAUGCUCUUUGCUUUGGUUCCUCGGGUUGGAAUGUCAGGGUGGGGUCGGUGUCGUUCUUUCCGUUGCUUCUUUCCAUUUUUUGGUUCCUUUGACGUCCAAGGAUAAAAUCAGCCCUCCCAGUGGCUGCCUGCUGCCAUGGGCCAGGGCGGCCUGGGAUCCCUUUCCGUUGCUAACAUUUCCCACCCGAGAGCCGGGGACCACAGUUCCAUAGUGUUCCCCCGCCCUUGGCUCCUGCAUGAUGCUCUGAGCCCGACCCGUGGGAACGGCCCUAGGCUGAGUGCCGGGGAGUCUGUCUCCACCCCACUGAAUCAAACAAGCCCUGAGCGCCCCAGGGGAUGUCCAGCGAGAGCGAGGAGACAGGGGAGCUCGCGUCAGCAGGAGGCAAUGUCAGUGUCUCUGUGAGCCCGGCACACCCAGCCCGCUGGGGCCCGGCGUUGAUUUUAUCCUUGGAGGAUGUGUCUGAAAAUGUGAAUUUGGGAGGAGAACUGUCCUGUGUGAUACAUGUCCAGAGGGGAGCCAGCUGCCACGGUGGGAGCCACGUGUGGGCUCCAGUCCCCACUGAUGCCCAACGAGAGAGAUUCAAACGCCGCAAGGCGAGUGUGCACCCAGGCCCCCAGCCAGGGGGUGUGGCAGGUGUACGGACGUGAUUCCAAGAAAGGCUGUAAUGUCUCUGAUGGCAGCCAUGACCGUAACCCAUCUGUUGAGAUUCUCAGCGCAAGGAAUCCACCCUUGCGUCUCUUCCCUGUGCCCGGAAAUGAUGGGCAGAGAGAGGCCCUGGCAAGCCAGGUGAUGGAGAGGGUGUGUUCUCGGCCUCCAUGCUGCUGUCAUGCCUUCCCUGCUCUCUGAUUGGUUGACCUGCCCCAUCACCUGGGCCCGGGGAGCAUUUGGAAAUAGAAACUUGCCGUGACCGCAGGUGACUUGGCCACGGGGUGUCUCUCUUCUAGGCCACGAUUAGCUGAGCAGCCUCAUUCCCACAAAGCAUCCGCCCCGAAUCGGAACCGUGACAGCUCUGAACUGGCGCAGCCGCACCCGACAGAUGGCCGGUAACCCACCCAGAGCCAGUGGAGGGAAUGAGCCUCGUGGCAAACUGCCCAGGGUCCCUUCAGGGAAGUGUGCUCCGGGGCUAAGCUGCACGUGGUGGGGUACAGAGUAAAUUUUGCUCAUCAGACUUCUCAGCCCACUCACCAGAGCCAUGGCUCUGCUCCCUCUAGAGCCUGCCUGGUCCUCCCCGGCUGUCACCAUCUUUGAAGAGCACUCACCCUUCCUCAAAGUAGAACCCCCACUCCAGCCCUCAAGAUGGGCUCACUGAGCCAGCCUGGGAAGUGGGUGUAAGGCUCGGGCAGUGACGGGCUCAGCUAUUGUAGCUGCGCUGGUGUCUCUCAGGUUCCCCACUGUGGCCAACUCCCAUGAUUUGAUCAGGCGUCGUCUGAGAUGUGGUGUUUUCUCUCAGCGCCUCAGCUCCUGGAGUCCUGGGACUAUCUGAGCUGCUCCACUUUCAUUUGUGAAAAGUACUUUUCCAGCCCUCCGGGUUGGGGGGAAAGCUGGGAAAGGGGACAGGAAUGUGGCCUACAGGCUGCAAUAGAAGACAGGAAAUCCCUUCCCCCGGCAGAUUUAGCAUUUCUGAAAAUCUCACAAGUCACCGGCCGGUCUCAGGAUGCCAGGGAGCCUGGCUCAUGGCUCUAGAGCAUGUGAAGUUGAGGCUGGGUCUUGGCCCCUGCGAUAGGCCAAGGAAGCACAGCACCUGCCGGCUGAAUGUAUGAGAUGGUGACCACGCUACCUGAGAGCCCCCACCCUGGGACAUAAGGGCUGGCUGUUGGCAUUACCUGGCCCCUCCCCAGGGGAGGCUGCAAUUCUCAGUGGUAAGUGGCUGGGGGGGGGGAGAGAACCCUGCAGGGACUAGUGGUGACUGCUGUUCCUUCCAACAGAGUCACAACCGCACAAGGGGCCUAGCAAGGGUCAAGGCUCCGUGGCAGGCAGAGACUGGACACAAGUGCUGACUGAAGCCGUCUCGCCCCAGGGGAGCAGGGAACUAGAGCCUGGACCCCCAACCCCCAAUGCUCAGGGCUUCAAUAAAUGCCCAGAAGGUUUCUCUUCCCUGUCACAGACCCAAGCCAGCCCCACCCCGUGCACACAGAGCCAGUGCCCAUAUGCGGCUCCCCUCAUGUACUCAACACCAGCCUCACAAGCUGGGCUGAGCCGCAGAGCCAGGCCUGAGGCUGGGAUACAACCUUGUACAGAUAGGAACAGGCCCGGCUCACUCCACUCGGCAGAGCUAGGCCUCGGCUCCUGGCCCCUCAGGUCCCAAGUGGCAGCCCUCAGCUGUGGGCUCCACGGGGACCAGGCCCACGAGAGUCCAGGCCCAUCUACACAGGUUCCGGGCCCACGAGGGCUUGUCAUGCAUCUGUCCUCGUCACUCCAGCUACCUUGGGGAAUCUCCAGGCCCUCCUGCAGUAGCCAGGCAGGGUCCUUGCUAAACCCCUGGAAUGUGACUGAAAAUCCAUGUGCUCCCUGGGCUCCUGAUGGGCCUCAGCUUGGCUGGGACCCUAACAGGUCUGGACGCCCUGGGCUUCCAAUGUGGUUAAGAUGGGCCUCCAGAGCCUAACAAAGGGCACUAUCCCACCGGCAUGGCGAGGUGUAAGCAGCAUCCUCCCCAGGAAGUGCAUGUGAAGUGAAGCAUCCCUCAAUGUAAGGCAAGAUCCGUCUCCUGCCCAGGGGGUUUAUGCAGGUCCCACCCCCUGGUGCAUGGCUGUUGUAAGGUGUUGCAUGCCUUGUAAACAUAGGGCUGGCAUUUCCCAAGCCCCUGAGAUGUGGGACCAAGUGGAGGCCAGCUGUGGGAAUGGCAAGGAAAUGGUAGGCCCCACCUCUCUAGUGGGAAAGUCUGAGUUUCCCCUCAUGCUGGGUGUGUGGGAGGCAGUGGCUACAGCCUUCUAGUGGCUGUGAGACUAAUGAGUCACACAAGUUCUUGCUGGGUGAGUGUGGGAGUUCCAGGGUACAUCACCACCACAGUGAGAGUUAGGGAAUUAACUGUCUCAGGUGUGUGCAAGUGACAGGAUGCAGUAUAGCUUGCAUGUAUGGGAGUGCCAGGAUACAUCAAGUUUCAAGUGUACAGGACUGAUGGGCUACACCAUGUUUAGAGUGUGUAGGGCUGAUGGGAUGCAUCAUGUCUUGAGUGUGUAGUAGUGACAAGAUAUACAAUGUCUUGAGCAUAUAGCAGUGGUGAGAUACACUGGGUUUUGAGUGUGUAGGAGUGAUGGGAUACACUAGCUUUCAAGUGUGUAGGGCUGAUAGCAUACAUAGUGUCUCGAGUGUGUAGGAUUGAUGGGAUACACCAUGUCUCAAGUGUGUAGGAUUGACAGCAUACAGCGUGUCGCUGGUGUGUAGGAUUGAUGGGAUAUACCAUGUCUCAAUCAUGUGGGAGUGAUGGGAUACGCCAAGUCUCAAGUGUAUAGGAAUGAUGAGAUGUAUCAUGUCUCAAGUGUAUAUACGGGAGGUGAGAUAUGCUAUGUCUCAAGAGUGUAAGGGUGAUUGGAUAUACCAUGUCUCCAGUGCGUGGGAGUGACAGACUAUACUGUAUUUUGUGUACAAGGGAGUGACCGAUACUCCUCUUCUGGGAAUUAGUGGUAGGAGUUCUGGGUUCGGCCAGGUUAUCUCACAUGCUGUUAAACAGUCACUUGUGGGUUGAGAUUUGGGGGUUUGUGAUUCCCUUAUUAAAGCCAUUGAACCUCGUAUAAAACACAGUGAGGGGAAACACUGAAAGCACUGACCUCAGAGCAUGAGUUUAAAAAGCCCCUUUAUUCUCUUUCCAUUUAUGCACACAAAGUUGUUUAAUGGGAAAGGUCCUUCUCUGAGAGACCUUUUGAUCAGUGUGGGGUGUCACCUUGCCCUUGGGGAUGGGCAGGCUGGGGAGGGGGAGAAGAGGUGGCCAGACGGUUCUCUCUCAAUUGCUCUCCAUCGCAUUUUCAUUUUUGGAAGAGUCAGUAUUAUUCUUGAGAGGAAACAUUUAAUCACGUGAUCAAUGCAGCAAAGUCUGCCCGAAUCUGUAGAGAGCCUGAAAUCACCGUGCUGAGGUGUGAACUGUCCCUUUCAUUUCAGUGGUUGUAACUCUGAUGCCAGUAAUGAUGCAUAAAUGUUCCAAGUGUGUGUGAAUGGAGGGAGCUGAUUCUAUUCUGAAGAUCUUUAACAUCCAAUAUUGAACAGAAAUCAUUCCUUAAAAUAAAACUGUAAGGACAUGAUUAACAAUACAA